UUGUAUUCCAUCUUCUUUUCUCUUGUUGGUUUUGGAUUUUGUAGCUCGUUUUAUGCAGUUCAUUCCGAGAUGUUUGCUUUUAGUUGUGGCUGGAUCGUCAAUUUUAGGAUUCUUUGAUAUCAACGAUUCAAUUAUUUGGAAUGUAAUAAACAGAGGCCAUGGCGGUGGCCGACGGUGGUGGGUCUAAUUCUUUCUCUCAGUGUAUAAUGAGAGUGGAAUAAAAUGGCUGGCACAGAGUUAUGGUGUCUGAGAUUGUCGGUGUGAAUAUAAUUAUGGAUCUUUUGAGCUAAUGAGCUAAUUUUUGAGGACUUUAGUGAUGGUUUGGUGAUAAGGUAGUUGAGAGCUUGGAUUGAAGAACUUCCUGUUUCCUUCAGAUUAUAAUAAGUUUUCUUGUUUCAGAAUGGAAAAGGUUAAUCCUGGUUUAGGUGCAGUGUUAGGUGUUGAAUGUUUCAGUAACGUGUAUGGGGUAUGUGCUGCUGUCAAAAAUAAUUUAUUGAAGAUUUUGUUGUAUGGUCUUAUAUUUGGUGCAUUCUACAAAUAAUUAAUAGAGAAAAUUUGGUGUACAUGCCUUCCAUUGUCGUUGAGUUGACUAUUUCCAAACCUUCAAAUUAGUAGAAGUAUUGUUGGAGGUUCAUGAUUUGGUUAAAUAUCUGGUAACUAAACAGGCUACUUGCCUGCUUGGUGAAGUGGUUGGAAGUAUGUGGACUGCUAAACAUCUUAUUGGUGAUAUUUUUGUUUUCCCGUGGACGUUGUUUUGGGGUGGGGUUGGAGGGAUUAUGAUGUUUAUGGUUAGGCAUAAGCAGUCAGGACUUGAUCAGCAAAUUCUAUGGUUUGACUACGGCGGAUUCAACAGAUUGAGUUUCAGCUUCUUUAGGUUCUUAGGUUUCCUUUUAAUGCUCCAACUUGUAUGGGUGUUGUGAGCAUGGGAUUCUGUAUGCAGCAAGUGGAACAAUGAUGAUACAAGCAAAAGAAGGUUUCUAAGAAGUAGAGUGUUUAAAGAUGGGGACAGGUCCCUUUAUCGUUCCAGUAUGGACAGGAUAUCGAGCUUCAAGUUCUCUACCUUGAAGGUUGUGAUGGUCAUCAUCAUAAUUGGAGCAUUUUUCACAUUUCUACGUCCUCCAUCAAUUCAUGAUUCAGAUCAUAUGUCCCGUUCUCGAUAUAGGUACUUGGUCGAUAAAGGAAUAAGUGAUAGAUUUGGCAUAGAUCAAAGUUACACAUCACAUUUAGAUAUCGACUGGGAUGAAGCAUCGGCAGCAAUGGAGAGAUUAACCGACAGGGAUGAGUAUAAGGGAAUAGGGUUGUUGAAUUUCAACGAGGAAGAAAUUAGUCAGUGGAAGCAGUUGUUGCCAGAUGCAGAUCACAUUGUACUUUUCACAGAUUACGCCUCACCCAAUGUCACUUGGGAAACAUUAUAUCCAGAAUGGCUAGAUGAGGAAGAAGACUUUGAUAUUCCCACUUGUCCUUCUUUACCCAAAAUUCACUAUCUGGGUAAACCACGGCUGGAUCUUAUCGCAGUGAAGCUUCCCUGCGAUAAAUCCAAGAAAAACUGGGCAAGGGACAUAGCUCGUUUUCACUUACAACUUGAAGCAGCAAGGGUAGCUGCAACGGCCAAGGGGUAUCAUCCUGUGCAUCUUCUACUUAUCACCGAGUGUUUCCCGACCCCUAAUCUGUUUACUUGCAAAGAGCUAACUGUAAGGGAAGGCAAUGUAUGGCUGUAUAAACCCAAUUUAAAUAAACUGAGGGAAAAGCUGAAUCUUCCAGUCGGGUCAUGCGAACUUGCAGUUCCUCUUAAGACAGAAGAAAAUUGGAACUCAGGUAAUGCAAGGCGAGAAGCAUAUGCAACUAUUCUGCACUCAGCUCAUGUCUAUGUCUGUGGGGCAAUUGCUGCAGCUCAGAGCAUCCGUAUGGCAGGUUCGACUCGUGAUCUCGUAAUACUUGUUGAUGAUACUAUCAGCGACUACCACAGGGGCGGUCUUGCGGAGGCUGGGUGGAAAAUCCAUACAAUUCAAAGAAUCAGAAAUCCAAAAGCAGAACGAGAUGCCUACAACGAAUGGAACUACAGCAAAUUCCGUCUCUGGCAACUAACGGAUUAUGACAAAAUUAUAUUCAUAGAUGCUGAUCUGUUAGUUCUCAGAAACAUCGACUUCCUCUUCGAGAUGCCAGAGAUAACAGCCACAGGAAACAACGCGACCCUCUUCAACUCAGGAGUGAUGGUGAUCGAGCCAUCAAACUGCACGUUCCAGCUGCUGAUGGACCACAUCAACGAGAUUGAGUCCUACAACGGUGGAGACCAGGGCUACUUGAAUGAGAUCUUCCCAUGGUGGCAUCGGAUCCCUAAACACAUGAAUUUCUUGAAACACUUUUGGAUUGGUGAUGAGCCGGAGAGAAAAGAGAUGAAGACGCGUCUCUUUGGUGCUGAUCCGCCCGUACUAUACGUGCUUCACUAUUUGGGGCUGAAACCAUGGCUAUGCUUCCGGGACUAUGACUGCAACUGGAACGUCGACAUAUUGCAGGAGUUUGCAAGCGACGUUGCUCACAGGACCUGGUGGAAGGUCCAUGAUGCAAUGCCGGAGAACUUACAGAAGUACUGCUUGCUUCGAUCCAAGCAGAAGGCCGCGUUGGAGUGGGAUCGCAGACAGGCUGAGAAAGGCAACUAUAGCGACGGCCACUGGCAAAUUAAGAUACAGGACUCACGGCUGACAACUUGCUUCGAAGAUUUUUGCUUCUGGGAAAGCAUGCUGUGGCACUGGGGGGAGAAGAACUGGACAGACAACGCGACAUCGACUCUGCCGCCACCACCACCAUUAUCGACACAGGCAGGUUCACUGUCUUCUUUAUAAUAUGUGGCUUAUUUUUUCAUUUUUUUCUUCUUUCCUUUUGCACCUUGCAUUCUUUUUCUGAUGUGGGGUGACAGAAAAUUUAACGUUUUACGGUAUAGAAAUGAUGCUUUUAUAAAGAUUUGAGGUUGAGGAGUAA